AUGGCAACCUGAUCAAAUUUUAACUUACAAAAUGGAGCAUCCCUUAUAGAACAAAUAAUUUUUUUUCAUGAUCAUACUUUAAUACUUUUAUUAAUAAUUACUAUUUUAGUUAUAUAUUAUAAUAAAUUUAUUAACCGAUUUUUAUUAGAAGGUCAAACAAUUGAACUUAUUUGAACUAUCUUACCUGCCUUAUCUUACAUCACUUUAAUUUUGAUUGCAUUACCAUCAUUACGUUUAUUAUUUUUAUUAGAUGAAUUAAAUAAUCCUUUAAUUACUUGAAAAUCUAUUGGACAUCAAUGAUAUUGAAGUUAUGAAUACUCAGAUUUCGAAAAUAUUGAAUUUGAUUCCUAUAUAAUUAAUGAAAUAGAAAAAACUAAUAAAAAUUUUCGACUACUAGAUGUAGAUAAUCGAAUUGUUCUUCCUAUAAAUAAUCAAAUUCGAAUUUUAGUGACAGUUAGAGACGUAAUUCAUUCUUGAACCAUCCCCUCUCUAGGAGUUAAAGUUGACGCUAACCCCGGUCGUUUAAAUCAAACUAACUUCUUUAUUAAUCGCCCCGGAAUAUUUUUUGGGCAAUGUUCAGAAAUUUGCGGAGCAAAUCAUAGAUUUAUACCUAUUGUUAUUGAAAGAAUUUCAAUAAAUAACUUUAUUAACUGAAUUAAUAAUUAUUCAU